AUGAUGCCAGUGCCGUAUUCUGAGAUGAAAGGGUUUCGAAAUAGUUCCGUGAGCAAGAAAAGUCACCGAAAGCCUUGUUGUCCUUGUUGUUCCUGUGAGGAUAUACGCCCUAGUAAAACAAAGCCAAAAUGCACUCCCACCAGAGUUGGACCACUGAACAUGAUCGAGUCGGAGUACAUAAAGAAUCUACAGUUACAGAUUCACUAUCUAGAAAUGGAAUCGAAGUAUCUGUGGAAGCGAGCUCUGGAACAGGAUGACUCCAGGAAAAUGGAUGAAGACCGUAACUUCGACGAUCAGUCUUACCUGAGAAACAAAGCGAUAGGUUCCAGUUGGGACAAGCGUGAAAGCACUUAUACAAACAAAGCCACCAGAGAAUCGCCAAGAACUUAUUCUUCAUUAAAACCUGAAGAUUACGGAAAAUACAAAUCUGAUAUACCUAAAUCUCCGGUCUAUGACAAGCCGAGUGUACAUGACAGAUCUAGUGCACUAAAAUCUACAUCGUAUAAAAGCAUGUAUGGCACACCAGGUAAGUAUGACACGUCUUUUACGAAGACGGUCGAUCACACAUCUCGUGGUUACACGUCUCCAACUUACACUUCCCGUGCAUACAGUUCUCGUGAUUACACUUCGCGGGGUUACACUUCACGUGGCAUCACUUCCGAUUACAAUCAAUGUGAUUCCGAUAUCAACGACGACUUGGAGCGGCUGAUUAAGAACGUUAAAUGCCAGGAUGCUAAUCUCAAGCGGCUAUCCACGGAGAAAGCGAAAAUCGAUGAAAUGCUUAACCAAGAGAAACAAAUGCACGCCAAGAACCUGCGUAAAGCCCAGGACGACCUGGAAAGAUUGCGCAGGGAGCUGGACAACGAACGGCAGCAGAAAAGACAAUGCGAAUUGGAAAUAAAUCGGUUGACAGACGACGUGAGGGAGAACGAGAACAAUCUUCGUCAGCUCCAGAUGGACAAGUCGAUGUUAGCGAACCAGAUGGCCCAGCGCGACCACCAGCUGCAGUCAGUAAAAGCCAACUUUGAGGACACCCGGAGCGGCCUGCAAAGACGCGAAACGGAAAUGAACGAACUCCAAGAUAAAUACGACAAGUCACAUGAUAUAUUUAACCAGAUGGCUUCUGAAAUGCGAGAGGAGCAGAAAGCCCUUAAAGAACACCUCUCCAGCGCUGAUAUAAAGAUCCAAGAGCUGGAGUCAAAUCGGGACGUCCUUGCCGAGAAAAACGGCCAACUUAUCAAAGAGAACUCGUUCCUGGAUCAAGAGGUCAACAAAUUGCAAAACCAAUUGCAACAUGAGAGGGGUGUUUUGGCCGAGAAAGAGAAACAACGAGAGAUGGCCGCUGAUAAGAUCUCUUCGAUGGCAAACGAUAUCAAAGCGAUAAGGAAAGAACUGCAGGAAUCCAAGCAGAAAGUAUCCGAGUUAGACAGCAAGCUACAGGAGACGAUGGAAAACCUUUACGCUCAGGAGUCGCAGAACGAACGCCUGGAUAAAAUGCUGACUUCUGCAACGAGCCGGGUCAGUGAGCUGGAGUCUAUUCGAGAGAGACUAUCUGCUGAUAUCAAAGAACUCCAGGACGAAAGAUCGUCGUUGUUAGACCGGACAUCGCUACUGGAAUCGGAACUUUGCUACCAACGAGGAGAGGUGGAGCAGCUGCAGUCCAAAGCGCAGAAUUUAAAUUCACAACUUAAAGAUGUGGAAGAACUAAAAAGUCUGCAGAACUCGCUCCAAAUGCAGAAAUGGGGAGAAUUUGGUAAACUGGCUAAUUCCAUGCAAAAUCUAUCACGCUCCAUGUGCCAGAAUCGUGGAACAACGCUAAUUAUAGAAACUGAAUAA